CCCUCUUUCCCCUCAAACCAGCUUCUCUUCCAUUCUUCUCUCUGCAUUUUCUUUGCUUCCUCUCGUUUUCCAUUUCUGGGUCUUCUUCAUUUCGCUAUGACCCUCAUCAAAAUCAGCAAGCUCAGCCCGAAACGUCUCUUUCGGUCCAAGAAGGACCGGUCCACGGUCUCCAGAUCCGACCCAUCAUCUUUUAGCUCCGGCACCACUUCUUCCGCCUCAUCCGACACCUCAUCCACCCAACACAAGCCCCGUUCGACCAACGUCGAUGUCGGGACACCGACUAGCGUCCUUCCCGAAAUUUCGGGUGACUGGUCCGAUAUUUAUCUGGAGCUUCUUCAGGCUUUUAAGAUUAUAGACAGUGACAACGAUGGGAUUGUCUCGAGGAGCGAGCUUGAGGCGUUGCUUAGCCGGCUCGGGGCGCAGCCGCCGAGUCGGGAGGAGGUGGCGACGAUGGUGAGGGAGGUGGACAGUGACGGCGACGGGUGUAUAAGCGUGGAGGCCUUGAUGAGCCGGAUGGGUUCGGCUUACGAGCCGGCUUGUGACGCCGAGUUGAGAGAGGCGUUCGAGUUUUUCGAUACGGAUCACGACGGGAGGAUCACGGCGGAGGAGUUACAGGGAGUGUUCGCGGCUAUCGGGGAUGGUCGGAGCACAUUAGACGAUUGCCGGCGGAUGAUAGCCGGGGUUGAUAAAAACGGAGACGGGUUCGUGUGCUUCGAUGACUUCUGUCGUAUGAUGGAGCUUCAGGCUUGAUCGUGAUAGACAAGCUGAUCAAUCGAGUGAUGGUGAUGCUCCUGAUGAUCAUAGACCGUUCAAGUGCUUAAUUUUUUUCUCGCUUACUUUUUAUUUUUAUGUGUGUGGGACCUGUUGGUUACGGGGGAAAAUAGGAAGGAUCAAUCGGACGGUUGUGGUUGGCUGAUCAUGAGAUGAAAUAUAUUAUAAGAGAUGUAUCACAUAAUCAUCAAAUUGUUAAUAAUCUUUUAAUGAUGUGAUUUGGUUAAACCAUAUGUUUGAGUAUUUUUUGUGUCAA